AUGGAGGCGAGGGAGAUGGAGGCGAGGGAGAUGGAGGCGAGGGAGAUGGAGGCGAGGGAGAUGGAGGCGAGGGAGAUGGAGGCGAGGGAGAGGGAGGCGAGGGAGAUGGAGGCGAGGGAGAGGGAGGCGAGGGAGAUGGAGGCGAGGGAGAUGGAGGCGAGGGAGAUGGAGGCGAGGGAGAUGGAGGCGAGGGAGAUGGAGGCGAGGGAGAUGGAGGCGAGGGAGAUGGAGGCGAGGGAGAGGGAGGUGAGGGAGAGGGAGGCGAGGGAGAUGGAGGCGAGGGAGAUGGAGGCGAAGGAGAUGGAGGCGAGGGAGAUGGAGGCGAGGGAGAGGGAGUGUCCAUGCGACCGUCGUUUGUACAGUUACUUUGGCCAAUGCUCGGGGCCUCCGAAGACUUGCAGUGUGCCACGAUGA